UAUGCUUUAAAGUAAUUCAGUGUUUUGUUAUUAGCUUUUUUUUUUUUUUUUAAAUCAAAUUAGCCUUGCUAUUAUAUUUGAUUAAAAAUGAUAUUUUGGGCGGAGCCAAGCAGCCCGGACGUGCAGGCAAGAGCUCUCACGUCUGGGGACAGAAAACAGGGAAUUACACCCAGCCACUACUCCCUACAACCCGCAGGCCAAGAUAAUCAUAACCGGGAGGGGCCGCUGCACCAAAUGGUACCUCUCCCGAGUACCGGCACAGCCAACUGGACACAUCGAGGCCCGCUGCCUACCCGCGACCGCGCCACGGGGAGACGGCGGCUCCCCGGGCACGAAAACAGACUGGACAGUGGGGGUUAUCCCAGUCCACAUAACAGAGAUGAAUACCCGACACACGCUACAGACAAGCGAGAGCCACGAGGCCGGACAAAAAUGGCCGGCUGCACCAAUGCACAGCAGCAGACUCCCAGCGACUGGGUGGCGGCCUCCAGUGCGAGGUUUGAAGCAAUGUGGGAGAGAUUCUGGGCUCAACUAGAAAGCACACACAAGCCUUCCAGGUCAUCACUGGUCCAGAGCACCUACGGCAAAGAAAUCAGCAGAGGCUGUACACCCUAACCAGCCCACGACUGGGUCAAGAAAACCUGAGACAAGCCACAGCACCCGCGAGGCGUACUCACACCCAGUCGGGCCAGAAAGCACCUCCUGCCAUCCAACAGAACUCCAGAAAAUGCAGAGUCCCCAGAAAUACCUCCAGGAGGAACAGACCCCGGCAAGCCCAGCGCAUGGGUGCUCAACGGAGGAAAGGCCUACGUAUGCCACACCCCUAGCUUACACACAAGUAUGCACACCAAUUGGCACAGAGGAGAUCUUUCCCCAACAGACUGUGCCGCAGGCAUCUUUGACACAACCAGCCCAAUAGGGCUCCAACGACCACCCUGGGCUACACCCGAUCCCUGCGACCGGUCUGCGGGCGCUGAGAUCUGGAAUCGGCUAAGCGAUUACCCUAAUCUGGCUACUGGAGCCCAACACCUACUCUGGGUUCCAUUGGGACGCUAGCUGACCUUGCCUACACUGCGGACAUAUAUAACAACAGACAUCAGAGGACUCUAUUUAUUGCAAGAAAGCAAAACAUACCUUUAUUUACUUCAUGUUGCAUCUAUUGUUGUACUUAACUUUCUGUAGCUCUAAAUCUGCCCCAUAAUUGCAACUACACACUAGGUGCACAACUAGCCCCACAGUCGAUAACUAUCCACUAUGCCCAAUGUCCUAGUAGUGCAACGUACAUGUAGCAAGCUAUUUAACUCAGCAUACACUACAAUCCAUACCAGAGAAUAGCCUCAAAAUCUUGCUUCCAAGGUUGGUCCAUCAGACCUACCCGUGAGACCACUAAUCUAUCGCCUUAAAGGCCAGGAGGGCUCUGCUUACCCAUAAGCCCAACUCCCAUACAUAAGUUAACAAACCAGCCUGCUGGGAGGAAGCACAAUGUAAUGUGUUGCUAACCUAUGUCAGCCAUAUCUAUAUAUAACUUGUAAACAUACCUCUUGCUAUUGCAACUCGCUAUCACUAAGCUUCCGACUCACUCGACUAUGUUCGUCCUAUCUUAACCAUAUUUUCAAUCUACGUUUAAAGCCAAAAGCUUAAGCCUGAUUAAAACAUAAAAUUGUACAUGUUAAUCUUGUGCCCUGCAUGUUAACCGUGGGAUAAGCUGGAGGACUGCCUUUGGGGCACCUCUUGCCUGCUUGUGUUAUAUGCCUGAACUGCAAAAAUUAAGAAUUUAAAAAAAAUGAUAUUUUGAAAUUACCAUCAGACCUUCCAUUCUCCUUUUUAUCUUGUAGCAGUUCUUCCCUUUCAAAAUUUUCAACCUGGUUUUGUGUUUUAAUCAAAAGAUCUUCAGGGUAAUGCCUACUUAAAAAACGUUUAAUUUUAAGCCCGUACUUGUUCUUUAAACUUUUUAUUUUCAAUACAGUCCCUAAAAACCCUAAUCUAUUGGACCUUUAACCAAUAUGGAUGACGGCUGCUGGAGUAUUCAAUAAAAACCAUUCCCAUCCAAGGGAAUAAAAAAUAAAAUAUUCCCAUCCAAGGGAAAAGACAGAAUCAGGUGCAAAGAAAACAGGGUAAUUAAAUGCCAAAGCAGAAGGGAGAAGUCAGUUCCUGAGGAAGUUCGAGGAUUAGACAAAACUAGGCGACUCGUUUGCAGAGAACGACUGGCCACAUACAUUGGAACUUUGGAGUCUGGAUGUUAUAGAGAGUCCAUGUAGCAUUGCUUUAUUUGCACAAUCAUUCCUGUGAAUACAUUUUUAUUCUCAUUUCUUCUGUAAUAAAUGUAAUUACUACACUACGAUUAGUUGUCUUCUCUCUUCCCAUAUAUGAUAAGAUAUUUUGUCCAAGUGAAUCCAUAUUAAAGUGGGAUCCUUAUACUGGUUGGUAAUUGACUUGAUUCUACACUAAUACUGGUGCUGGGUGAUCUCUGUUGCGUUUUUACUUGCACACCUGUCUUAUUCGUACUGUAGAGGCUUAGGGAUCAUUCUUUUGAAUGACUGCAUUCAUUAAGUUCACUUUGGCUCCCAGGUAGCCUGUAUGUGUUUUAUCUUACCCUUCUGCUAAUGCCACCCCUUGCCAAUAUGUAUUUUCUUUUAUUCCAAUAACACAUGUAAUGGCAUUGGUUUGUUUGAGUGCUAAUAAUUAUAUGCUUCCCUUUGUGUAUAUUUAGAUCUAGAUCUGUGCAGACAUAAGUCCUUGUUUUUGAUAAACACAUUUGUGUUUUACUUGAAAUGGUAGUUUCAAUUCUACUAUAUUCCCCGAUAAAUUCAGAUUAGCAAAGUUCAUUUCUACUCUUGGUGCUGCCCAUAAAGUGACUCCAAACUCAUUUGUACUGGUGGUCCCCCAAAUGGUACAAUAGUGAACUAGUUGUAAAGAAUGACCCACGCCUGACCAGUAUUGCCUAUAAUAAUCCAAUAUGGCUCACCACACACAGAAUCUUUUUAGGCUGUUUUAACCCCUGAUUUCUUGCACAAAAUACCAGUGACUGUAUGCACACGAUAUGGCUAUAUUGUGUAAAGUCCACAAUUUUUUACAGAGUACCCCAAUAUAUUGGCUCCAAGCGUGCAUUGUUAAAGUGUAACGUAAUAUUGCGGUACACAGAGAAUGUGUUAUUUAAUAGUGUUUUUUUUGACAGAGUGAAAUUAUGACAUUCUUUUAAAGCAUUUUUUUCAUACUCUUUCAAGACUAUUUUACAAAUGCUGAUCCUGUGUACAAAUAAUAGAAAUUUAAUCAAACUGUAUGUUUAUAUUGUUUUUUUUUCACGGUGAAUUGUUUCUUCCUAAAAUAUGUGUUAUAGGCUUGCACUUACAAUGCAAACAAAUUAGAUACUCACAAGCAGCACUUAAUUUGGGGUAUUGUACAAACCAAGCUGCAGUUUAAAAUAACAACUAACUAAUCUUAAUUAACCCCUUAAGGACACAACAACUUCUGGAAUAAAAGGGAAUCAUGACGGAAUAUUCCCAUCAUGUGUCCUUAAGGGGUUAAAUCACCUGUGGCUGGAUGAAAAUAUUCUCUAUCACCUAAAUUAACCAAAGGGGAA